AUGACAUUCAGUUUCUCACUGACUUCAUUUUUCAGAAGCGGAGCUCAGAAUUCGGUGACAACUAAACCCUUCACCGUCUCCACUGGCCACACGACAAGUGAAAGAAACAGCACCGACAGAAAAACGAAAAGAAAAAAAAAACAACCAAGAGCAACUUCUCGAUUGGACUUUCGUCUAAUGGAUAUAAAGAGGGAGAAAUGCGGCGAAAAUAUCGAGUCCAAGGAGCCAGGAGACAAAAAUGUUAAUUUUUCAUUUAUUUUUAUGUUCUUUUUACUUCAUUUUUGUCAUUUUUAUUAA